AUGCAAGCCAUCCUGACUUCCAGCCCUGCCUCCCUGGUGCUGACGAGGAAACACCUCCUUUUCCGUUUCGAGUCCCACGAGAUUCCCAUGCCCUGCUUCGUCUUCUCCCGUCCGGCUCGAAGUCCAGGAGCCACUGCGCCAGCCAAAGCGACAACCCUGAUCCCUUGCAUGGCCUACAUCAACUACGGCGAUGUUUGCAUCGCGCGGAGGAACUCGCUGAAGUACAUCUGUGCGCCGGGGAGAAACCGACACGCAAUGAGCACGCCCACCGCUUCUCUCUAUGCGCUCCGUCUCGCCCAGAUCACCCCAGACGAUACCCAUGAUGAUCCGUAUAUCGCUGCUCUUCUCAUCGCCCUUGCCCAAUCAAAGCGACGGUUCCUGGGGCUUGUGCAGCCACGCCCUUCGCCCGAUUCCUACUGCGUAUACGUGCUUCGAACAGACCCCACGGACGAGUCGUACCUCACUCUCUAUUCGGCCGACAUACCUGCCACCAUGCUCCGAAAGCUUUCAGACUCCAAUAAGCCAUCUCGCAUGCCCUCCAACUUCUCCGUCUUCUCGAAAAAGAUUUCAUUCAAACCAUAUUCGUCCUUUCAAGAGCGUCUACUCCAGUCCAUCAUUCCCCAGACUUCGAAGCGACAAAGAACCCGGGAAGAUGUUGAUUCCCGGGAUAGUAAGCGGCAGCGGACAUGA